AUGGCAGCUAACAAACUGGCACCACGGGAAAUAAAGGGUGCUCCAGGCAGCCCUAACCUCUCCGACGUCGUCGAAGAUAUCCUCAACUACAACUCGGAUUUACCGUACGAAGUCAUCUACAUCCCACGUCAUCCGGCAAAGCACGGGUCGAACGAGUACGCCCGAGACACCCAUCAAACCCGACUGGGCGCCCACUUAUUCCGAGAGCCGCAGCCCUUUCAAAUCAAAGCUGUGCCUAUAGAAGGCGAAGAGGAAAAGCAUGAGAAUACCUUGCAAUAA